AUGCUAAAGCCAGUCAAGAAGGUGAAGGUGAAGGCGAGGCCACUCGUGGAGGAGGCGGAGGCGGAGGCGGAGGCGGAGGAGGAGGCGCAGGCGUCGCGCCCAAUCCGGCAGCAGGCGGCCGUCUCCAAUGAGGCGGCGCUGCAGCUCAAGCUGCAGCAGCUGACGGGCGGCGUCGACCCGGAGGCGGACGACGCCGCGUGGCUCGACUGCCUCGUGGUGACGGCGCCCGAGCCGCUCGGCGUGGAGGACGCCGAGGACGACCUCAAGCGCGAGCUCGCCUUUUACAACCAGGCGCUCGGCGCCGUCAAGGUGGCGCAGGCGCGCAUGGACCGGCUGGGCGUGCCGUACCGGCGGCCGGACGACUACUUUGCCGAGAUGUCCAAGUCGGACAAGCACAUGGAGCGCGUCAAGCGCAAGAUCAUCGGCGAGCAGCAGGCGAUCGCCGGUGCCGAGCAGCGGCGAAAGCAGCGUACGGCCAAGAAGUUUGGAAAGGCGGUGCAGGUGGCAAAGACGCAGGAGCGGGCGCAGCAGCGGAAGCGCGAGAUCGCGUCCGUGACGAGCGCGCGCAAGAAGGGCCGCAACUCGGCCGAGUCGUCGGCGGACAUGAGCGACUUCAACGGGCGGAGAAGCGGCAAGGGCAAGGGUAAGGGCAAGGGCAAGGGCAAGGGCGGCGGCGGCGGGCGCGGCGGCGGGCGCGGCGGCAGCGGCGGGCGCGGCAGCAGUCGACCAGGCAAGGAGGCGCGCCAAAAGGCGCGGCAGUGA